UCCGCCGUCGCCAGCGUCGUCUCUCCUUGGGCUGCCCCUUCGACUGACGCAAGCACCACCGCGACGACCAACUCCUGAAGCAGAGCCGGCCACCGCAGCAUGGCAGCAAACACCGAGAAACCAAUUACCUUCGGCGCUACAAUCGAGGCCCCUACGAAGCCCCAGCCCGCCCUGCGCUCGCCGCCCUCCAACGACUCCACCAUGUCCGCCUCCGCAGAGAAGCAGACGCCCGUCGACUCGACGAACCCCUACUCCGCCUUCUACAAGCACCCCGAGGCCCGUCGCUCAUUAGAUGAGAGCCGCGCCCAGAGCAAAGUACACCUCGACGUGGGCUUCCACGAGCGCGAUCUCGAGGCCGGCGUCCCCCUCAGCGCCGCCACCACGCAGAACCCCAAGGUGUCCGUCGACGGCCGGGUGAAGGAGUGCACCAUGUGGCCGUCGCGCCAGACGAUAACGGAGAAGCGGAAGAUGAGCCGGCGCGCCAAGGGCUGCAAUCUCUUCCGGAGUCUAAACAGCAAGCAGAGACUUUGGGCUAAGAUCAUCAUUGCUCUGGUCGUCGUGGCCGCGGCUGUGGGCCUGGGCGUUGGCAUCUCGAGGGCCGUCGGCGGAGGUGUGUGGUCUGGCCAGGGACAGAGCAAGCCAAUUCCGAAUAACUAGACGAGACGUCUCCCGAGCUACCUGCCUCGAUAUCAUCGACUUCUAUGUUGCUAUGCUUAUUCCAACAUUCGUAGACCGCCUGUAUCAUGGCAUGUUCACGUAUACAUACUGCUGCUUCGGCCUGUAUUUCGAGGACCCUCUAAUUGGCGCGCGUACAUGCCUACCCGAACGAUCGACCAUUCCUACCAUCGACCGCCUCAUCUCUCCGCGACGACUCCCCCCGCGAAUCGCCAAUCAUCCAUCCUGCGUCACUCGAUGUCUCACAUAUACAAAAACUCGAACGGAACACCCCAUCCACCGGCGAUUCGUCUUUCUCGCCGCUCACCCACCUACGACGGAGGCGGUCCGGUAACGACUAUUCGCAUACUUGGUAGACCAUUUUUGAUAUCCAUUAUCGCUUAUU